AUGGCUCCAGCUAAAAUGCGUCGUCAUUUAGAAUCUGUUCACGGUGAACUUAAAGAAAAAAAUGUAGAAUUCUUUAUUCGAAAGCGUAACGAACUACUAAAAUCAAUAAACUGUAUGGCUCAAACCACAAAAACUAUGAAUGAAAAAGCGACCGAGGCUUCUUAUUUAAUUGGCUAUCGGAUAGCUCAACGCGGUGAAGCUUACACAAUUGCCGAAAGUCUAAUAAAACCUUGUACUAUGGAGAUGGUAAAAUGUAUGUUAGAUGAAAAAUUGGCAAAAGAAAUAUCUAAAAUCCCACUAUCAAAUGACACGGUAGCUAAUCGUGUCGAUGAUUUAGCAGCCGAUAUACAGAAUGRACUUAUUUUUCGUCUCAAAUCGUGCAAAUUUGCAUUACAAAUGGAUGAGUCUACCGAUGUAGCUGGGCUUGCAAUAUUAAUUUUYAUCGUUAGGUAUCAACACGAAAGCACAUUAUUGGAAGAUCUUCUUUUAUGCAAAUMUCUACCAACACGUAUUACUGGAGUUGAAAUAUUUGAUCUUCUAAAUUCAUUUCUUGAAGGAAAUGAAAUACCUUGGGAAAACUGCGUUGAUAUCUGUACUGAUGGAGCAAAGGCUAUGAGUGGUAYAAUUAAUGGAGCUGUACAGCGUAUUAAAAAUAUUGCCAGAAACUCUUUGAACAAAACCUUAUUGGAAGAAUUGGGUAAGUWAUGGCAAGUGUAUUAA